AUGGAGUCGCUGAGCGCCCCACCCACGUAUGUCCCCGCGGUGCAGUCUUCCCUCUCCAAUCUUCGCGUCAGACUACGGGAAAUUCAGUCCGCCACCAGGGGCAGGAAAUUCGGCCUGAAGGAUAGGCGCACCGUUGAUCCACCACCAGUUGUACAACUCCAUGCAUACAGAACCGUCCGCGAUGCCAGUGGAAUAUACGAAGUCGAGGUCGAAGAUUACAGCCGGCUCGAAGUAUCUGGUCUGAUAUGCCAUAUCGACCUCUUCCCUCUUCCCGCAUCUCCUCAUGCAGUGCCUAUCCCAGUCACCAAUGCAGCCUGCAUGCCUUCACCUGCAUCGGCAAUGUCGCACGAUGAGUUCGCUCAGCCUGACUGGCCCAUGACCUCGCCGAAUGGGCUGUCCGAGGAAAUGCCUGUCCCUCUGACGGUCAUGCCCAUUCAAGAAUUCACUGGACCGGACCCCGUCAUUGCGUGGGUAAAUGGAGCGCCCGUACGAGCAUCCGACUCCAUCACGUCAGAUGCAAUCGGUGCUCGAGCAGUCGAGGCUAUGAGACUUCGUUACGAUAACAAGACUAUGAUAGUCUUCACGUUUUCCGACCUCGCUAUCCGACGAGUUGGGUCUUGCUUUUUCAGAUACAAAGCCUUUGAUCUGCGAUCACCCACGACUGGUUCGGUGGCAGGGGCUGGCAGUGGACCCAUCGCUAUGCUAGGGGAUUGUUAUGCCCGUUGUUCCACUGUCAUCUAUGAUACCAAGUCAUUUCCUGGUUUACAGUAUUCGACGUCAUUGAGCCAGGCAAUCUCAAACCAGUCCGAAGGUCAACGACCUCGAGUUCGGAUCCCUAAGACGAGGCAGUAG